AUGUCUUGUUGUAGUCUUACUCCAUUUUUUAUUUGGCUCUUCGUAUCUUUAUCACUUUCGACUGCAACCAAAGCUAAAGUCCCAGCCAUCAUAGUGUUCGGAGAUUCCUCCAUGGAUUCGGGAAACAACAAUGUGAUUUCCACGCUUUUGAAGAGCAAUUUUCGGCCUUAUGGCCGUGAUUUUUACGACGGUCAACCAACGGGAAGCUUCUGCAAUGGCCGAAUAUCUCCCGAUUUCAUCUCCGAUGCUUUUGGACUGAAGCCAACCAUCCCAGCUUACUCGGAUCCAGCUUACAAUAUAUCCGAUUUCACCACCGGCGUUUGUUUUGCUUCCGCCAGAACUGGUUACGACCAUGCAACCUCCAAAAUGCUUGCCAUGAAACAUUAA